AUCAAACUCGCUCACAUGACUCCUGGAGUUACAGCAGCUCCUCUGCAGCAUGCACUCAUAUCGCUGAGUAAAAGUUUUUCCAGAGAUGUUUUUCUUUCUCUCCUUUGUCUCCCUGCUGGUUUCCUCCACAGAAGCUCCUCAGCAGCUGAUGGUGAAACCUGGACAGAAUGUGACUCUGCAGUGCCAGCAGUCCCACCCUGGAACCCUCACCCUGCUCACCUGGACCAGAAAUGACCUCCAGAAAGACGACUUUGUCUUCUUCUUCAGAGAAAAUCGUCCCUACAGACAGUACCAGCAUGAGUCCUUCAGAGGACGAGUGGAGCUGAGAGACUCUUCGUCCAUCAAGGACGGAGACUUUUCCGUCGUCCUUCAGAACGUCAGCUCAGAGGACGCAGGAACGUACCGGUGCAGGAUAGUGAUGAGGAACCCAGGAGGAAGUUCCUCUGAGUUCGAACACUUCAUCAACCUGACCGUCUCAGGUGAGGAGACACCAGAGGAGGGAGGAGGUCCGAAGUUUGGGGUGAUGACAUUAGGAACAGAUGCAAUCAUUGCGUUGAUCAUCAGUGUGUCUGUUCUGGGGAUGGUUCUGAUCAUCUUUGCUGCUGUUCAAAUGAAACGAAAGUCUCGUACUCCUUCUACUCUUCACGCAGACACAGACGAAGAAAAAACACCAAUGCAGUCUGAAAUGGUAGUGAUUCCAUCCGUCCCUCUAUCUUCUCCAAAUUUGCCCGCCAUGGAUGCCGUGGCGCCGGUGCCUAUCUCUGGCAGUCGGUGGGCGAUGGGUGAGGGAGACCCUGGACAGGUCAUCAGUCUGCUGCAGGGCAAUGAUUCCCCUUCCUUGGUCCCCACUGGUGAAAAGCAAACCCCUGAAACACGACCUGGAUCCAAGAACGUCAAGCCCGAUUCUCUCUCUCGUCUGUACUCCGCUGACCAACCUGAGACACCCGAGCCUGUCCUCCCUGCCUCCUGUACUGUUGGAGUGGUUUCCUGGGAGAUCACUGAUCUCAUCAACGCUGCCCUAGCCUCUGAACCUGACCCAGACGAGAGAGAGAUCUCAGUCCGAUCAGUCCAACAUCACAUCCGCCGUUGUCAGAGAGUCUGGAAGGACACUAUCGCCACCCUCAACCGCUCAUCAGCUUCCUCUAAACUCCAAGAGACGCCCGGCCCCUGA